AUUCCUCUCUCUCUCUCUCUCUCUCCACACUUCAUCACUCUCACACUCUCUCUCUCUCUCUCUAUGCUCUAUUGAUGAGCCUCUGCCUGUCUGUAAAUGCAAUGUAGCUUUGAGCAGAGCUGCACAUGGCGAAGUGUCACGGCAACGACAUCGGCUCUCUCGUCCUCAACCGAGCUACCACCUCCUCCUCCUCCUCCGCCACCGCCAACAACUCCUCCACCUUCAACCUCUGGAAGUCCUUUUCGGCCGCCUCUCUCCGCCGAAAACUCCUGUCCGCCAUCCGCUGCGGCGGCAGCGGCCUCUCUCGCCGUCACCGCCGCGAGAGCACCGCCAGCAGCGCCAAAAUCCCAGCCGAGGAAACCUCGGUACCGCAAGAAGAUACUAAACCCCUGCCUCAACGCGGCGGGAGAUCGGAGAAGCUGUGCGAUCUGCUGAACCUCGCGGAGAUUCACGAGAGGCACGAGAACGAAGCUGAGACGAGGAAGAAGGUCGAGGAGCUUGAGAAGCUGAAGCGAGUGGUGGAGGACUUGCAGUGCGUUGACUGCAGCAGUGGAGGGAAGACGAAGACGGCAGCUAGAGAUGUGAGGUCGAUAGCGAAGGAGAAUGCAGAAGCGAGAGCUACGUUCGCAAUGCUAGGUGCGAUUCCUCCGCUUGUCGGGAUGCUCGAUUGUGCGGAUCUCGAUGCUCAGAUCGCCGCGCUCUACGCUCUGCUCAACCUCGGCAUAGGCAACGAUAUGAACAAGGCAGCCAUUGUCAAGGCAGGGGCUGUCCACAAGAUGCUGAAGCUCAUCGAAUCUCCGAAUGAGACUGUAGACCCGUCGAUCUCGGAAGCAAUAGCGGCCAAUUUUCUAGGUUUAAGUGCAUUGGAUUCUAAUAAGCCGAUUAUCGGAUCUUCGGAUGCAAUCCCCUUUUUGGUAGAUAUUCUCUUAGACUUAGACCGUAGGAGUAGUGCCCAAGCAACUCAAGAUGCUCUUCGAGCUCUCUACAAUCUGUCAAUCUUCCCUUCGAAUGUGUCCUUCAUGCUAGAAACCGACUUGGUCCCAUUUCUCAUGAAUGCACUGGGCGACAUGGAAGUAAGCGAGCGGAUACUGUCUGUCCUCAGCAAUAUCGUGUCAACCCCAGAAGGUAGAAAGGCGAUAAGUGCAGUUCGCGACACAUUCACUAUACUGGUUGAUGUGUUGAAUUGGAAUGAUUCGCCAGGGUGCCAAGAGAAAGCUUCGUAUAUAUUAAUGGUAAUGGCUCACAAAGCGUACGGUGAUAGACAGGCCAUGAUUGAAGCGGGAAUCGUCUCAGCGCUGCUCGAGCUGACACUUGUCGGCAGCACGUUGGCUCAGAAAAGAGCUUCGAGGAUAUUGGAAUGUCUACGAAUCAAUAAAGGGAAGCAGGUGUCAGAAAACUAUGGUAGAAAUAUGGGUUCCGCUGUAUCAGCUCCUAUUUGCGGAUCUUCAUCAACUUCAAUGACCGGGGUGACAAAGGAAGGCUUGGAAGAAGAGGAAGAAGAUAUGAUGAGCGAGGAGAAGAAAGCCGUGAAGCAGCUCGUCAAGCAGAGUUUACAGAACAACAUGAGGAGAAUAGCAAAGCGGGCUAAUUUGCCACAGGACUUCGUUCCAUCGGACCACCUCAAGUUACUCACUUUGAGCUCUACCUCGAAGAGCUUGCCCUUUUGAGGAACGUCUGCGGAAAGAAGUCUCCGAGGUCUAAGGCCUGGCUUUCUCGAGCUUCUCUCCCUCGCAGAGUCUACUGGUUGUUGUUUUCCAUGGAUUCUUCACCUGGGCAAAUUGGAUCUCCACUUUCUCGAAUGGCUUAAAACAUGUUUCUUGAGAUUCGCAUGGCUUUGAAAUUGGAAGAUUUGCACUAGUCGUAUGGUCUGUCAAACCAUUACCGGUCGUAAACAACCGUCGACGUGGCCUAGAUCUUCUCCUAGAGAACACAAAACUAAGUAGUGUGCCGUGCGAAUUCGGAAAAACUGAGGGACGGUGUGGUCGAAAAGGAAAAUUUCAAACGGGGUCCCAACUCCCAAUAACUGCGGAAUCACUCUUCAGUACACUCUUGUCCACAUCCUUUGCCCGUUGCCCCUACUAACAAUUAUUAUAGACAACACACAUGAAUCAUGAUAGAGAAGAGGUGUCGGUCAUUUUCUUCCCGACAUGGGAGUAGGGACCAUUCGCUGCUUUAUUUACUAUCAUUUACCAAGUGGGGUAUCUGGUCCAUUGUUGCCUUUUUCAAUUCUGGGCCUGUGUUCUGUUCACCCAGAAUCUUUCUUUCGGAUGGGCAGAGUCGUAACAUAUAUAAUGUUAUAUUUCCUUGCGUUUGCCCUUUGGGAACGUGGGGCCAUUAAUUUCAACUUCGUGAUAAAAAAAUAAUACUGCGUUAAUUUUUAACUA